AAUCCAAGGUAAACAAUUUCAUUAACUCUAUGUUCUCCAAUCAUUUUCAAUUGCAUUAUUUUUAAAGUUUUGUUUUUAUAUCAUUAAUUAAUGUACCAGCCAGGACCAUUCUGAAUAAUCAAACAAGCUGCAGAAAACGGUCCCCAAUUUGGAUUAGUGCUACCCUCCAAAAACAAGCUUAAUACUUUCAUUUUCCUCCGUUCACCAAAGAUAACACUUAUACAUCUACGUGUUUAGGAUUGAGUUCGAAUAUGAGAUUUCUGAUUAAAUUGAAAGAUUUUUGUACCAUCUCAAUUCUAUGUGAAAACUUUCAAAAUCGUACAGCUUUUUCAAAUAAUUUUUUUAUAUUAUGAAUAAUUCUAAAAAAAAAUUAAUACAUGAGUUGUUCCAUCCUAAUCAAACGGUGUAGAUUGUUUCACUGACUGUUUCUAUAACUUCACCCACUACCAUAAAUUUCUACUACUAUACAAAAUUGAAAACCACUACCACCACAAAAACACACACUACCCCAUCAAAUUCUCUAGCAUUAAGAAAAAAUCCAACAAUUUUUUCACCCUAAAGCUUCAAGAUUUUCACAAUCGGAAUCAUGAAACGCCGAUUUCUCGACACUGAGAUGAGUAUUCCACCAUCAUACGUAAACAACACAAACGACUCAUUCAUUAACGCAGAGAAUUUCGAUACAAACAUGGUGAUUAUACUAGCUGCACUAUUAUGCGCAUUAAUAUGCGCUUUGGGGUUGAACACCAUAGCUCGAUGCGCCAUGCGAUGCAGUAGAAGAUUCUCAGAAGAAACACCGGCACAAACGACAGCGAGGUUGAACAAAACAGGACUAAAAAAGCGUGAGCUGAGUCAAAUUCCGGUGGCGGUUUACGGUAGCGGACAGAAUAUUCCGGCGACGGAGUGUUCCAUUUGUCUCGGAGAAUUCGAGAAAGAAGACAAAGUUCGAAUGCUGCCAAAGUGUAAUCACGGGUUUCAUGUUAGGUGUAUUGACACGUGGUUGGUGUCGCAUUCUUCUUGUCCUAAUUGUCGAAAUUCACUUCUUGAGAAAGAUUCCAAGACUGUUUCUUCAUAUAUUGAGGCUGCCGGAGAUGGGUUGCCGGAAAAUGGUACGGUGGUUGUUGAGAUGGAGAGAAGUUAAAUUGAAAAAAAAAAUGUGAAAGGAGAUGAGGUUUUGGUGUAUGGUAGUUGUGAAAUUUAAUGUUAGUAGUUAGUAGUACUAAUCAGUUAGUUCAUGAAUAUUAUUAUGUGACCAACCUUGUGUUUGUGUUGCACACAUUACUAACUACAUCUAUCAUUUUAUUUCUUAA